GUUUUUAAAAACUCAGCUCUUGGCAACAACACACACACCGACUGCUUUAUCCAUCCGGAGAGAGAUGUCGUUCGUGCGGAUUAACCGGAGACCAGUGAGAACGAAGAAAGUCUCAAUUCCUAAGAGAGAAUGGGUGAGCACAGUUAAUGAUCUGUCAGUGUACAAGUCUACAGCUGAGGAGCUGUCCAGGCGGCAUGCCUUGCACCGAUCUUGCAACAGAGCUGCUGCACAGUGGGAGCUGAGGGAGAAAAGAGUGAAAAACAGAAAACCCCGGGUGCCCAGCCCUCCUGGACUAGACCAGACCAGACUGCGAUUGUUCAGAGAGGUGUUAUCUGAUCAUUGCGAGCUGCAGGGCGUCCUCACACACUCUGACCGUGCACUGGCCGUGGUAAAAGAUCUGUUCGGAGACACACCUCGCAGACAAAAAGGAUUCCCGAGUGUGACCAUAGCACCCAGCUGCGAGUCGGAUUCUGAACUUCCUGUGCUGCAGAAUCAGGACCCACCAACCCAGCUGUCAUUGCUCAGCCACUCAAUGAUGCACCACCAGGCUUUAAAUGAUGAUUCUGCACUUGAGCACGGGCAAGAUGUUGUUCAGGAUGUCUCAGUCAGCUUCGACAGAGAGACAAGCAGGCAGAAAAGAAAAACGUGUAAAGCUAAGCCUUCUGUUUGGAGAACAACUCAGCAACCACAUCAGCAGAACCUGCCUCAGACUCCCUCUAACGCACCAAGCUCAGAGGACCGUGCUGCUCUGAAUGCAACCCUGGCUGUGCAGCGUCUAAAGUUGAGGCAGUCCCCGUCAGAGACAGGCGAGACCGCUGCUCUCGUCAGUCAGGUCCUCAAUCCUGAACUGUCUCCCUCUCACUAUGGUGGUAAAAACAAGUCCACCAGAGGGCGCUCACCUGAAACUUCUCAGAAUUCUAAUCAGUCGAGCCUGGAGCUGCUGCAGGACAUGCUAGCGCAGGUGGAGACUGAAUUAGCCUGCUUGGAGCCGCAGGAGCUUUUUGGAUCCUCAGAGCAACCUGAGCUUCAGCAUGGCCGUGGCCUUACCGGCUUCUCUGUGGCUCUCAUUGGUACUUUAGGACGCAUCGUCAGUCACCUGAGACGAAGGGAUGAGGAGGCGCAAAAAGAGGCGCAGGUGAGGAGGAGGAUGGAAGAUGUGAUGAUGGAGCAGAGAAGCCUGAUUGAUGCCCUCACAGCUGAGUGUCUCGCACUGAGAGAGGAAAGUGCCAGCCUAAAGGUGAGUCUGCAGGAGCGAAUAUCUGAACUCGAACAGCGGCUGGACAUGGUGAUCCUGGCAAUGGGAGAGCUGGGAAAGGACGGAGACGCACAAAACAAAGAGGGAAAUGCGCAAAGCAGAGACAUCCAGCCUGUAACCGCUGAGAGAGACCAAGAGGAACCAGCCAUUCUCUCUCCUGCUGUGCUGCUCUCUCCUCCACACCAGAGAGACAGCAGAGCACCACCUACAGGACGUGGCCGAUCUUUGCACUUCGAGGACUCCCACACGCCAGGCAGCGGGUCAGCGACAGAGUCAGAUGACUCGUGCACUCCGUCCUCGUUCGCUAGCCUGCCCGAGAGCAUCCUGCCCCGUCCUACUCCGAUGCUGGACCAGCUUUCCCAGGAUGCUGUGCUGGAGCAGAUAGUAGAGUUAACACGUCAGAACGCAGAGAUUCGGGCUCAGCUGGGGCACAGCAACACCUCUCCAACACCGAGCACAGAGAGACGGGUAUCGCCCUCUGCUGUACCCCAGUUCAAACAAAAGUGUGUGGGUGUGGACAACUCCUCAGUGAGGCUAAUGGAGGACAGACUUCAGGAGCUAAACAGACAGAGCGCAGCAGCCAGGGCCAAACUCCUGGAGCUUAUCGAGCAGCAAAGGCAGACUACGUCUCAAAACGCCUCUCCCUCCAUCUCCCCCAUACCCCCGCACUCCACCAUCCCUCACACAGUUAUUGGAAGACCAACUGCUGAAGUGUGUGUCCCCAUACCAGAAAGAGAUCAGCCGUCUCACACCAGGCAGUCAGCCAGAGCGUUUUCUCCACAAAACGUUGAAGGAACACAAAAGCAGAUUGUUACUACACAGGUGGAUAAACCGAAAGGAGGAGGCUGGUUCGCGCUGUCCUCUCACGUCCGAUAGCUCGAUGACCAGAAGGCUGGUGGGACACUACAGUUACACACCACCUGCGUUUUUUAAUUCCUGGCUGUUUCAAUUUUUAAUUUUGCAAAUGUCAAUAAACUUCUAGACAAAUA